AUGGCGCAUCAAGGAUCACGAGCUGCUUUUGACAGCCUGCUUGCCAAGGCACAUGUCCAACAUGCCUUGCUUCAGCCAGAUGGCAGCCAUAAUGAUAUCCCAGGGGUAGGCCUUGAAGAAGCCGAUAUGUUCCAACGGGCGUUCAUGACCUACUUCAGCAUGGAGAACGGCAGAUUCGCAGGCAACUCCAAGGCGCUCGCCAUCUCUCACCUGUUCACGCAAGACCCGCCCCUGAUAUACGGCCUGUUCUCGGGGAUCGGCCGCCCACUGACCCUCCUGAGCGACGGGAUCGAGCUGCGCGCCGCCAUCCUGGUCAUGCAGUCUCUGACGCUCUCCGCCGUCGACUGGAUGGAGCCCAUGUGCGAGCUGCUCACCCGUCCGGUGCUCGCGGCCGCGCCGCCCCAGCACCUCGCGCCCGAGGACAUCCUCAACCGCGUCGCCUACGACGGCCGCCUCAGCGGCGUCAUGAAGGCCGGCCCGGGCUUCCACGGGGUCUCGCACGUCUUCGCAAGCGCGACCGCCAAGGCGGCCGUCGUCGAGUACGUGCGCUGUCUCGACACGCGCGACCUGCCGCUGGUGCUGCAGCAGCUGGCGGCGCUGUCGGUCCUGCUGCUCUGCGCGACCCACAAGCCCGGCCGGCCGGCGUUCGACUUGUACCUCGGCCGCCUGCCGACGUGCGUCAACAGCACCCGGGUCGUCCUCGAGAGCUGGGUGGAGGACCACAGCCACGGCGUGCUGCUGGUGCGGGGGCUCUGGCUGCUCGUGCUGCUGGUGUACGUGACGCAGCUGCGGCCGGCCGUCGACGGGAAGCUGCUGGUCUCGCCCGAGCUGGCCCAGGAGAGUCGCGGCUGGGAGGCCAUCUUCGACGAGUUCCGCGGCCAGGCAGUCCCGGAGGGGAAAUACGCCGAUGUCGACUUCUUGCGGGCGCUCAGGAGCCUGCGGGAGCUAUCUGCGGUGUACGGCGCGGUGCAUGGGAGGCUGUACCUGCAUGCCGCGUGGAAGCUGGUGAGCCAAUGGCGGUCCUGGACGGGGCUGGGGAUCAAUCGAGAGGUGAUGUUGAAUAUCAGACUGUAA